UUUAAUGUAGGUAUGCGUGAAUGGCCUCACACACGAGUACAGUAGGCAGAGCUGUAAGCACCUGAAAGUUGGAUGCGAUCCGCCAACCAAAUCUUAAAGAAGAAGAAAAAGAAGAAGAUUGGUCGAAAGGAGGCGUCACAGCGAAUGAGGAAAUCGUGGAGUCUACUGAGUCACGGUUGUAUCAGCUGAUUCUUUUUGAGAGACUUCGCUGAGAAAGCGCAGCCCGGUAGCGGGGAGGAGAGCGGAGGGAACUGGAGAGGAUAACCAGUGUGAUUGGUGCAGAACAACAGACUGACAGCAUGGGUGAAGAAGGAGCCCCCAGUCUGGAGUAUAUCCAGGCCAAGGACUUGUUCCCUCCGAAAGAGCUGGUCAAGGAGGACGACAGCCUCCAGGUGCCGUUCCCAGCUCUGCAGGGGGAAGGGGUGGAGUAUCUAGGCCGAGCCGAUGACACCAUCAUCGCCAUCUCCAACUACAGGCUCCACAUCAAGUUUAAGGACUCCAUUAUAAAUGUGCCUCUGAGGCUCAUAGAGAGUGUGGAGAGCAGAGACAUGUUCCAACUGCACAUCAUCUGCAAGGACGCCAAAGUCGUCAGAUGCCAUUUCUCGACAUUCAAGCAGUGCCAGGAGUGGCUGAAGCGUCUGAACCGGGCCAUAGCCCACCCUGGCAGGCUGGAGGAUCUGUUUGCCUUGGCCUACCACGCCUGGUGUCUGGGGGGCAGCGCAGACGAUGAGGACCAGCACCUACACCUCUGUAGACCAGGUGAUCAUGUCCGUCAGAGGCUGGAGAUGGAGGUGAGGAGGAUGGGCUUCGACAUGCAAAACGCCUGGAGAGUGUCCGACAUCAACCUCAACUACAAGUUGUGCUCCAGCUACCCCCAGAAGCUGCUGGUGCCAGUGUGGAUCACAGACAAGGAGCUGGAGAGUGUCGGCUCCUUCAGGUCCUCCAAGAGGAUCCCUGUGGUGGUCUACAGGCACCAGAGGAACGGGGCAGUGAUCGCCCGUUGCAGCCAGCCAGAGAUCAGCUGGUGGGGCUGGAGAAACACAGAGGAUGAAUACUUGGUCACCUCCAUCGCUAAGGCCUGUCUGAUGGACCCAGGGGCCAGGGUCACCUGUGGGGCCGCAGCCUGCAGCCGGCCCCGGGGGGAGGGCCCAGACAGCUCCGACAGCGACUUUGACUCCUCUCUGACAGGAUGUUCAGGCCCUGAUGCCAACGCUGCGCCACAGAAGCUUCUCAUUCUCGACGCCCGCUCCUAUACCGCUGCAGUGGCCAACCGCGCCAAGGGAGGUGGCUGCGAGUGUGAAGAGUACUACCCUAACUGUGAGGUGAUGUUCAUGGGCAUGGCCAACAUCCACUCCAUUAGGAACAGCUUCCAGUCCCUCCGAACAGUCUGUAGCCAGAUCCCCGACCCUGGGAACUGGCUUUCUGCUCUGGAGAGCACCCGUUGGCUGCAGCACCUAUCCGUCAUGCUGAAGGCUGCCACUCUAGUGUGCUCUGCGGUGGAAAGGGAGGGACGUCCUGCCCUGGUGCAUUGUUCAGACGGGUGGGACCGCACCCCACAGAUUGUGGCUCUUGCCAAGAUCUUGCUGGACCCCUUCUAUAGGACACUAGAGGGUUUCCAGGUGCUGGUGGAGACGGAGUGGUUGGACUACGGUCAUAAGUUUGGCGAUCGCUGCGGUCACCAGGAGAGUGCUGAUGAUGUGAGUGAGAAGUGUCCUGUCUUCCUACAGUGGCUAGACUGUGUUCACCAGCUACUCAAACAGUUCCCCUGCUUCUUCGAGUUCAACGAGGCAUUCUUGGUCAAGCUGGUUCAGCACACAUACUCGUGUCUGUACGGGACAUUCCUGUGUAACAACAGGUGGGAGAGAGAGGCCCGCAACAUCUACAAACGCACCUGCUCCAUCUGGUCUCUGCUCCGCACCGGCAACAAGAACUUCCAGAACUUCCUUUAUAUUCCCUGUCAUGAUAUGGUGCUGCAGCCGGUGUGCCACACCCGGGCCCUGCAGCUGUGGACGGCCGUCUACCUGCCCACCUCCUCCCCCUGCACCGCUGCCGAGGACGCCAUGGAGCUCUACCUGUGCCCCUGCGCACAGGGAGAUGAGCUCACCUCACGAUCUCUCGACAGGCUUCCUAAGUCUCGCUCCAUGGACAGCCUGGUGUCGGCCUGUGAGAACGGGAUGGCCCUCACCCGCACCUCCAGCGACCCCAACCUCAACAAGCACUGCCAGGAGGGCCGUACUGCCCAUGGCUUGGAGCCUAUGGCUGCUAUAGGAGGAGGGGCCGAACCCGAUAGCCCCGAGGACGUCAGCCCUGACACGGGAUUGGACGACAAUGACUCGGAGGUGGAGCCUGUCACUCAGACUCCUCCUACCACACCCCUGGAGAUGGAGCCAAGGGAAGAGGGCUUUGAGGAGGAGUUGAGAGAGGAGAUAUGUCUGACGACACAACCUCUGCCCUCCCUGCCCCUCCCCCCCGUCACUCUGGAGAAGGGCUUCCCCCAUCCCCCCCCUCUCCCCCUGCCCACACCCAUUCUCCUCCAUGCCCUCCUCCAGACUACCAGCCCCCAUUGCCCUCCCCCUCCCUUGCCACAACAGGCGGCUGACAGCCACUACAGGACUGCUGAGGUCACUACCCACCCUGCCCGGGCAGCAGAAGCAUGCCUACCUUCCCCACCUGCCUGGAAGGACCCACUACCGGCAGCUGUUCUGAAUGGGCCUAUCACCAAUAGCCUCCAGAACAGACACUCAGCUUCUGCAGAGCUGCCGGCCCUCGAGCAGCUAGUUCCUUUAUUCCCUAUGGCCAUGCAAGACUCCACAGAGACCCUCACGGACAAAGCAGAGGCCCCACCAACACCGCCCCACAGCAGGAAAGAAAGUCUGGGCCAGACCCGGGCCCAGGGAGCGGAGAGAGAAGGGAAGAGGACAGGGGUUGUGAGUGGUAGAGAGUUGGUGCCUUUGAGAGAUUGUGUUGUAGCAGUACCAACAGUAGCAAUGGCCUCCGCAUCUACAGUGCCCCCUGUUGACAACAGCCAGGUAGUGGCGGUGCGACACCCGGUCUCCCAGAGCCAACUGAGUGUCAGUGAGGAGCUGUCUCUCCUGGGCUCCCACUGGGAGAGUGUCCAGGGCCUGGUCCAGUCCGCCUGCAACACCGCAGCCAGCCAGUCUGGCCUCCCAGCUAAUCUCUCCUCAGGUUUCUGUCAGGCCCUCCAGCCCACCGCCUACCAGAGUCGACGCCUGGCUGGCAAGCUGCUCCGUGCCCAGAGCAUGGCCGUGUCCAACGGGUUGCCUAACGGAGGUUCGCAGUGCUGCCGAAAGGAGAAGGAGGAAAGGGUCCGUAGCCCGGCUCCAGCCCCAGCCAGCUCCAGCACAGUCCAGUCAGGGUCAGGCUGGCUCUCUGCAGUCAGAAGCAGCUCAGGCUAUGCUGCCAUCUGCAGCCAAACCAGCACCAGCACUCCACCCACCUCUUCAACCCGCCAGUUCUUACCAGCCUCUCCCUUCUCCCCGCCCUCCCAGCCCCCCCCGGCCUACCUGGAUGAUGACGGGCUGCCGGUGCCCAUGGACGCAGUGCAGCAGCGUCUCAGGCAGAUCGAGGCGGGAUAUAAACAGGAAGUGGAAGUGCUGAGGAGACAGGUGCGCCAGCUGCAGAUGAGGCUGGAGAGACAGUACGGCAUGCCACCCUCUGAGCCUGACGUCGACUACGAGGACGACAUUACGUGUCUGCAUGAGUCAGACGAUAGUGACGAGGAGGAAAGUCUGUCGGAUCACAGCGAGGACUGUUUCUCCGAGGGCAGCUGGGACAGAGUGGAGCAGAAGGACACAGAGGUCACCAGGUGGGUGCCCGAUCACAUGGCCUCCCAUUGUUUCAACUGUGACUGUGAGUUCUGGAUGGCCAAGCGACGUCAUCACUGCAGGAACUGUGGCAAUGUGUUCUGUAAAGACUGCUGCCACCUGAAGCUGCCCAUCCCAGACCAGCAGCUGUACGACCCUGUCUUAGUGUGUAACAUCUGCUAUGACCUGCUGCUGGAGGCUAGGAACAGAGAGAUCUGCAGCCAGCAGCUCAAGAAGCCCAUCGCCACAGCCUCCAGCUGAGAGACAGGAGAGGGA